AUGACCCAGUCUGUAGUCCUUCAGGUCGGACAAUGCGGAAACCAGAUCGGCUGCUGCUUCUGGGACCUGGCGCUAAGGGAGCAUGCAGCGGUUAACCAGAAAGGAAUUUAUGAUGAAGCAAUAAGCAGCUUCUUUAGAAAUGUGGAUACCAGAGUGGUUGGUGAUGGUGGCAGUAUUUCCAAGGGAAAAAUUUAUUCUUUAAAAGCACGAGCUGUGCUUAUUGACAUGGAGGAAGGAGUCGUGAAUGAAAUUCUGCAGGGACCCUUAAGAGAUGUAUUUGAUAGCAAGCAGCUCAUCACCGAUAUUUCUGGCUCAGGGAAUAAUUGGGCAGUGGGUCACGGAGUCUUUGGCAGUCUUUACCGGGAACAAAUUUUGGAGAAACUCAGAAAAGCAGCAGAGCAAUGCGAUUGUUUGCAGUGCUUCUUCAUAAUACAUUCCAUGGGAGGAGGAACAGGAUCUGGACUUGGCACAUUUCUUUUAAAGAUGCUUGAAGAUGAGUUCCCAGAAGUAUACAGAUUUGUGACUUCAGUUUACCCUUCCAGUGAGGAUGAUGUCAUAACCUCACCUUAUAACAGCAUCUUGGCAAUGAAGGAACUUAAUGAGCAUGCAGACUGUGUGUUGCCCAUUGACAAUCAGUCUUUAUUUGACAUCAUUAGCAAAAUUGACGUCAUGGUGAGUUCUGGAAAAUUGGGUAAAACUGUGAAACCAAGGAGUCUAAUCACUUCAAGUGCUGGCAUUUUAAAAAAACGGCAUGAGAAGCCUUUUGAUGCAAUGAACAACAUUGUGGCAAAUUUGCUACUCAACCUCACAAGUUCUGCCAGGUUUGAAGGAUCUCUCAAUAUGGACCUUAACGAAAUCAGCAUGAAUUUAGUCCCUUUCCCCCAGCUUCAUUAUCUUGUGUCAAGCCUGACACCUCUGUAUACCUUGGCAGAUGUUAACAUUCCCCCGCGAAGGUUGGAUCAGAUGUUUUCAGAUGCUUUUAGUAAAGAUCACCAGCUAAUUCAGGCUGACCCCAAACAUAGUCUUUACCUUGCUUGUGCCUUAAUGGUUAGAGGAAAUGUACAGAUUUCAGAUCUUCGCAGAAAUAUUGAAAGAUUAAAACCUUCUCUGCAUUUUGUCUCCUGGAAUCAAGAAGGCUGGAAGACCAGCCUAUGUUCAGUACCUCCUGUGGGCCAUUCUCAUUCAUUAUUAGCUUUAGCAAAUAACACAUGUGUGAAACCUACCUUUAUGGAACUGAGAGAGAGAUUCAUGAAGCUCUACAAGAAAAAGGCUCACCUUCAUCACUAUCUACAAGUUGAAGGAAUGGAGGAAAGCUGCUUUACUGAAGCUGUGUCAUCUUUAUCAGCCCUCAUACAAGAGUAUAACCAGCUGGAUGCCACAAAAAGCAUGCCUGUACAAGAUUUACCUCGACUAAGCAUAGUUAUGUGA